AGCGGAGGCAGCCGCGCCCGCCCGCCCCGCCCCUGGAUGCCGCUCUGCCCCGGCGCGGCCGCCGCCGAUCGCAACACAGGAGUCGCCGCCGCCGCCGCCGCGGUUCAUGUGGUUGGCCCGGGGCUGAGGAGGCCGCCAAGAUGCCGCAGUCCAAGUCCCGGAAGAUCGCGAUCCUGGGCUACCGGUCUGUGGGGAAAUCCUCAUUGACAAUUCAGUUUGUUGAAGGCCAAUUUGUUGACUCCUACGACCCAACCAUAGAGAACACUUUCACAAAAUUGAUCACAGUAAAUGGACAAGAAUAUCAUCUUCAGCUAGUAGACACAGCUGGGCAAGAUGAAUAUUCCAUCUUUCCCCAGACAUACUCCAUAGAUAUUAAUGGUUAUAUUCUCGUGUAUUCUGUGACAUCCAUCAAAAGUUUUGAGGUGAUUAAAGUUAUCCAUGGCAAGUUGUUGGACAUGGUGGGGAAAGUGCAAAUACCUAUUAUGUUGGUUGGGAAUAAGAAAGACCUACAUAUGGAAAGGGUGAUCAGUUAUGAAGAAGGGAAGGCGUUAGCAGAAUCUUGGAAUGCAGCUUUUUUGGAAUCUUCUGCUAAAGAGAAUCAAACUGCUGUUGAUGUCUUCAGAAGGAUAAUUUUGGAGGCAGAAAAAAUUGAUGGGGCCGCUUCACAAGGAAAGUCUUCCUGCUCGGUGAUGUAAUUUGGCUGCGGGACCCAAGGCCCCUGGGACCCGUCCUGCCUGGAGACGCAAACUGCCCGUCAUCCUCGAAGAUAAACUCUGCUUCGUUUUCCUUCUGUUAACCUGGAAGAUUUAUUUGGGUCAGAGCUUUUCCCACCUGCCCCCCUUUCAGAUUAUGUUGAACUCUGACUAUCCUUCUGAGUUCACUUCCACUUUCAAAUUUUAAGCAAUCAUAUUUUCAAUUUAUAUAUUGUAUUUCUUAAUAAUGUUAUGACCAAGAAUUUUAUCGGCAUUAAUUUUUAAGUGUAGUUUGAUGUUUAAAAUAAUGUAAUCAUCAAAGAUGCAUAUUGUUACACUACUAUUAACUAGGCUUCCAUAUAUCAGUGUUUAUUUCAUUGUGUUAAAUGUAUACUUGUAAAUAAAAUAGCUGCAAACCUUAA